AUGGAAGCAAUCUUAGACUUCUCCAAAGAAUUAGAUAUCAAUUUGUUUGAUAAAGUUGUUGAUGCCCUUUAUAAAGGGUCAGGAGCUGAACAACAACAAGCUCAAGUAGUAUUGAAUCAAUUUCAAGAAAAUCCUGAUUCAUGGAAACUUUCUGAUGCAAUUUUAAGUAAUUCUCAAAAUUCUCAAUCAAAAUAUAUUGCAUUAUCAUGUUUAAAUAAAUUGAUUCAAUACCGUUGGAAAACUGUUCCUGAACAAGAAAGAAUUGGUAUUAGAAACUUCAUUGUUAAUAUGAUUAUUAGUCUUUGUGAUAAUGAAGAAAUCUUUGAAACUCAAAGAGCAUUAAUUAAUAAAAUUGAUUUAACUUUAGUUUCUGUUUUAAAACAAGAAUGGCCUCAUAAUUGGCCAAAUUUUAUUCCUGAAAUUGUCAUGAGUUCAAGAUCUUCAUUUAAUGUAUGUGAAAAUAAUAUGAUUAUUCUUAAAUUAUUAAGUGAAGAGAUUUUUGAUUAUUCUGAAGAACAAUUAACUCAAGCAAAAGCUCAACAAUUGAAAAAUAGUAUGAAGAGUGAAUUUGAAGAAAUCUUUAAGUUAUGUUAUGAAGUUUUGGACAAAACUACCAAACCUUCUUUAAUUAUAGCUACUUUAAAUGCAUUAUUAAAAUAUAUUCAAUGGAUUCCAACAAAAUAUAUUUAUGAAACUAAUUUAUUAGAAUUAUUAUCCACGAAAUUUUUAGCUCCAGCAGAUACAAGAGCAAUUGCUUUGAAAUGUUUAACUGAGGUUUCAGCUGUUCCACCUCAUAUUGAAAAUGAACAGAAAACUUUAUUAUUCUUUAAGAAUACUAUGGAGCAAAUUUAUACAAUUAUCCCAGUUUCAACUAAUUUAAAAGAAUCUUAUAAAGUUGCGUCUUCAUCUGAUCAAUCUUUCUUACAAGAUUUGGCGAUGUUUUUAUGUACAUUUUUGGCUAACCAUUUAAUAUAUUUGGAAAAGGAAGAAAAUGCUCGUGAUUUAUUAUUAAAUGCUUUAUAUUAUUUGUUAGAAUUAUCAAGAAUUGAAGAACGUGAAUUAUUCAAAACUUGUUUAGAUUUCUGGACAAGUUUUGUUUGUCAAUUAUUCAAUGAAAUUAGAGAAUUACCUAAAUCUCAAUUAUCUCCAAUGUUACAAAUGGCUUAUAGUCAAUUAGUUUCAUCUUCAAGUGGUGCCCCAGAUCCAGAAGUCUUAAGAACUAUCCCAUUAAGACAACAUAAAUAUGCCGAAGUGUUAUCUAAAUUAAGAUUGGUAAUUAUUGAAAAUAUGGCAAGACCAGAAGAAGUUUUAAUUGUUGAAAAUGAUGAAGGUGAAAUUGUUCGUGAAUUUGUUAAAGAAAGUGAUACUAUUCAAUUAUAUAAAAAUAUGAGAGAAUUAUUGGUUUAUCUUACUCAUUUAGAUGUUCAAGAUACUGAAAAAAUCAUGACUGAAAAAUUAUCAAGACAAAUUGAUGAAAGUGAAUGGUCAUGGCAAAAUAUAAACACUUUAUGUUGGGCAAUUGGAUCUAUCUCAGGAGCUAUGAAUGAAGAUAUGGAAAAAAGAUUCUUGGUAUCAGUUAUUAAAGAUUUAUUAUCUUUAACUGAAAUGAAACGUGGUAAAGAUAACAAAGCCGUUGUCGCUUCAAAUAUUAUGUAUAUUGUUGGACAAUAUCCCAGAUUUUUAAAAGCUCAUUGGAAAUUCUUAAAAACUGUUAUUAAUAAAUUAUUUGAAUUUAUGCAUGAAACUCAUGAGGGUGUUCAAGAUAUGGCUUGUGAUACAUUUAUAAAGAUUACUCAGAAAUGUAAAAGACAUUUCGUAGUUCCUCAAUUGAAUGAAGCUCCAUUUAUUUAUGAAAUUAUUGAUAAUAUCCAAUCCAUAACUGAAGAUUUACAUCCUCAACAAGUUCAUACUUUUUAUGAAGCUUGUGGUAUUAUUGUCAGUGCUCAAAAUAAUAAAGAAGCUAGAGAUAAAUUAUUAGCAGAAUUAAUGGCAUUACCAAAUAUUGCUUGGAAUGCAAUUAUUCAACAAGCUCGUCAAGAUCCACAAUUGUUAACUAAUACUGAUACGGUGAAAAUCAUUGCUAAUAUUAUAAAAACCAAUGUUGCUGUUUGUAAAGCUUUGGGACCAGGUUUCUAUUCUCAAUUGGGUAGUUUAUAUCUUGAUAUGUUGUCAUUAUAUACUGCAGUCUCAUCGAUGAUUUCUGAUGCAGUUGCUAAAGAUGGUAUUAUUGCUACCAAGACACCAAAAGUCAGAGGAUUAAGAACUAUCAAGAAGGAAAUCUUGAAGAUGAUUGAAACAUAUAUUAAUCAAGCUGAUAAUUCGGAAGAAAUCGUGAGAGAUUUAGCUCAACCUUUAUUUGGAGCCGUUUUAGAAGAUUAUAGUUCCAAUGUCCCUGAUGCAAGAGAUGCAGAAGUAUUAACAUGUUUAACUGCUUUAGUUUCCAAAGUAGGGAGAUUAAUUCCUGAUGGGGUUGUUCUAAUUUUACAAAAUGUAUUUGAAUGUACUUUAGACAUGAUUAAGAAUGAUUUUGUUGAAUAUCCAGAACAUAGAGUUGAAUUUUAUAAAUUAUUAAAUGAAAUCAAUGCACAAUCGUUCCAAGGAUUAUUACAAUUAUCGGGAGAUGCAUUCCAAUCAUUAAUUAAUGCCGCUAUUUGGGCAUUCAAACAUAAUAAUAGAGAUGUUGAAGAUAAUGGAUUAUCAUUAACUUUAGAAUUGAUUGCUAAUGUUGAGAAAUUAGGUGAUACUCCAUUUACAAAAGCCUUUUAUGAUAAUUUCUAUUUCCAAAUUUUGGCAGAUACAUUCUAUGUAUUAACUCAACCGGAUCAUAAAGCGGGAUUUAUGCUUCAAGCUCAAUUAUUAGCUAUUUUGAUUCAUUUGGUUCAAGAUGGAGUUAUCAAAGGUCCAUUAUAUACACCUGAUCAAGCACCUGCGGGCACUUCCAAUUCUGAUUAUUUGAAACAAUAUUUAUCACAAUUAUUAUCAUCAGCUUUUGAAAAUUUACAAAAAGAACAAUUAGUUAAUUUCCUUAAUGUUUUGACUACUUGUUAUAAUGAUUUAUAUAAAUUCAAGGGAACUCUUAGAGAUUUCUUGGUUCAAUUGAAAGAAUUUGGUGGUGAUCCAACUGAUUAUUUGUUUGCUGAUGAAAAGGAAAUGGAAAGAGAAGAAAAGAGUAGAUUACAACGACAACAUGAUUUGCUUGUUGGUGGAUUGAUUAGACCUUCCGAGAUGGAAGAAGACGAUUAG